AUGCAACCUACUCGCAAUGAUCUUACGAAAAACCAAAGUCAAAGAAGACGAGCAGCAUUCAGUAUAUCUGCGCCCAAGCGGGAUGCAAAACCAGGACUCGAACCACUCAGGGAUGGUGACGACGUAAAUCUUGCAUCGGAAUCUGAGGAAUUUGGUGGAGCAAACGCCAAAGAUAUGGGUGCUCAAACCAAAGCUGGCGCACGGACACCGGAUAUGGGUGCUCAAACCAAAGCUGGCGCACGGACACCGGGUAAUCAGAAGUCAAGACCUUUUAGCAGGGAGUCCAUGCAGAAGACAACCUCAUCUGGUACCAAGGAAGGCAAUCAGGUUAGGGUUCCUGAUUGUCCCAGGAUAGCUGCCCACUGUCGGAUGCAUUCUUUGCUUCAUAAUCGUUCUACUUCUCAUGUUAGUGGCUACAUCGUCAUUGACAGUCGUAGUCAUUCUACAUUGGAGAGGUACGGUCAAAUGGUUCCCAACGCUGAACAAUAUUCUCUACGAAUGAAUCCGCCACCGUUCGAUGACGAGACGACGACAACGAAAAAUCCUCCGAAUUUGAAAGAUUUGUGUAAUUAA